UGGAGCAGAAGAAGAAAAAGAAGGAGCUGUGACCUGUCAGCGCGGAGACGAAACCCUCUCAGCGGCUCCUCCGGAGAGUCCACACAGGCUCUGCUCGGCCAGAGGACCAACUGCUGCCCACUUUUAUCCAGAACACACUUUACACGCUGAAGCGGGAGGAAUCUUCUGCGCACGCGUGUGAAUUCUCUUUCUCCUGAAGGCUGUUAGCUCAGCGCGUUAGCCUGUUAGCUGCUCCGUGUCCGCUCUGCAGGACUUUCCCCAAGAGGAGCGGACAGAGUCCACGGGAGCUGCACCCACACUUACCUGGGAUCCGGUUUACAGACGCACCUGCGAGUUUGCGGUCCAAGCUCGGCCUCUGCACACAAAGUCUGAGCGUAAGCUCAACAAAAAAAAGCUCCUGCAGAACAAGGAAGUCUGAAUGAACUUUGCUGCUAGCCGUUAGCUGGCACCCUGCUAGCCUCGUAGCCACCAUUCAUUAAUUGCAGCUGAAGGAGCUCACCUUUUGGGACACCUGCCCGCUAGACCCGUUGUUUCUUCUGGAAGCUGAGCUCACGACUCGAGUUUCAGACAUGAUCCCUGACAAACCCCCGCAGGAGAACGUGUUCCACGGCUCCGAGGAGCUGAAGCAGGCUCACGUCCCGAGUUUCGACAAGUACAGAGAGCUCUACAUGAAGUCCGUGGACAACCCGGACGAGUUCUGGGGCGACGUUGCUAAGGACUUCUUCUGGAAGACCAAGCAGACGGGUCAGUUCCUCGACUACAACUUUGAUGUGACCAAAGGAGAAAUCUACAUCAAGUGCAUGGAGGGAGCGUCCACCAACAUCUGCUACAACCUGCUCGACCGCAACGUCCACGAGAAGAAGCUCGCCGAUAAAGUCGCCUUCUUCUGGGAGGGCAACGACCCCGGGGACGAGCUGACGGUGACCUACAGGGAGCUGCUGCAGAGAGUCUGUCAGUUCGCCAACGUCCUGAAAGCUCAGGGCGUGAAGAAGGGCGACCGCGUGUCCAUAUACAUGCCCAUGGUGGUCGAACUGGUGGUCGCCAUGUUGGCGUGCGUACGCAUCGGAGCGGUCCACUCCAUCGUGUUUGCAGGUUUCUCUGCAGAGUCUCUGUGUGAGAGGAUCGUGGACUCUCAGUGCUGUCUGCUCAUCACUGCAGAUGGUUUCUAUCGAGGAGAUAAGCUGAUCAACCUGAAGCUCUUAGCUGAUGAAGCGCUGCAGAAAUGCAGAGACAAAGGGUUUCCGGUCGGGCGCUGUAUCAUGCUGAAGCACCUGUCCAAAGAACCGGAGGGGAUUCUGGGCUCUCAGUCGCCUCCCGCCAAACGGCCGUGCCCCGAUCUGCAGCAGGAAAAACAGGCGGGCAGAGUAAAGAAAACGCGUCCCGUACCAAAGGUGCCGUGGAACCCGGAGGUGGACCUGUGUUGGCACGCUCUGCUGCGUGGCGUCUCAGACGAGUGUGAACCAGAGUGGUGCGACUCUGAAGACCCGCUCUUCAUCCUCUACACCAGCGGCUCGACCGGCAAGCCGAAGGGAGUUCUUCACACCGUCAGCGGCUACAUGCUCUACACCGCCACCACCUUCAAAGUGGUGUUCGACCACCAGCCCGACGACGUGUACUGGUGCACGGCGGACAUCGGGUGGAUCACCGGGCACUCUUACAUCACUUACGGCCCGCUGGCCAACGGGGCCACCAGCGUCCUGUUCGAGGGUCUGCCCACCUACCCCGACGUGAGCCGUAUGUGGGAGAUCGUGGACAAAUAUAACGUCACCAAGUUCUACACGGCUCCCACCGCCAUCAGGCUGCUGAUGAAGUUCGGAAACGAGCCGGUGCAGAGGUACAAGCGAAGCUCUCUGAAGGUUCUGGGGACGGUCGGAGAGCCCAUCAACCCCGAGGCCUGGCAGUGGUACUACAACGUGGUCGGAGAGAAGAGGUGUCCGAUAGUCGACACCUUCUGGCAGACGGAAACGGGAGGACAUGUUCUGACUCCUCUGCCCGCGGCCACGCCCAUGAAGCCUGGAUCUGCUACGCUCCCGUUCUUCGGCGUGGUGCCGGCCAUCCUGAACGAGUCUGGGGAGGAGCUGGAGGGGCCCAGCGAAGGAUACCUGGUGUUCAAGCAGCCGUGGCCCGGCGUGAUGCGGACCGUUUACGGAAGCCACGAGAGGUUUGAGAGCACCUACUUCAAGAAGUUUCCAGGAUACUACGUCACAGGAGACGGUUGCCGUAGAGACAAGGACGGGUACUUCUGGGUGACGGGGAGGAUAGACGACAUGUUGAACGUCUCAGGUCACUUGUUGAGCACAGCUGAGGUGGAGUCGGCUUUGGUGGAGCACGAGGCCGUCGCCGAGGCCGCCGUGGUGGGCAGACCUCAUCCGGUCAAAGGAGAGAGCCUCUACUGCUUCGUAACGCUCAAUGACGGCGUGAUGUACAACAGCGAGCUGGAGGCGGAGCUAAAAAAGCAAGUGAGGGAGAAGAUCGGCGCCAUCGCCACACCCGACUACAUCCAGAACGCACCCGGACUGCCCAAAACCAGAUCUGGGAAGAUCAUGAGGCGGCUGCUCCGUAAGAUCGCCUGUGACGAGCGGGAGCUGGGCGACGUCUCCACGCUGGCGGACUCCACGGUGGUCGAGCAGCUCUUCCAGAACAGAUGCUGCACGGCGGUGUGACGUCUCCGGGAUCCUCGGAGGGAGACGCCGACUGCAGCCACGCGCGGGAACGGCUGCUGCGAACCAGCGGAGGAGGAGGAGGAGGGAGUCCAUAAACUUGUACAGCAAACAACCUUUAGCUCCUGAUGGUGAUGAUGUGAGAAGGCUUGGCUGCAGGUAGAUCGUAGACGUGUCCACGUGUGCAGUAACUCCUCAAACCGUCACAUCUGUCUGCACGUCCACCUGCAGAUGUUUCCAGAUGUUGACGUCGCUGCUCUUACCGCCCUGCAGUCGAGCUGAGCGGUUGAGGAUCAGGGUAACACUUCAUGUUGGUCUUCUCCCAGUUUUUUAGCCAAAGAUGAGCUAAGAGGCACCUGAUCGAUGUCGAGUGUCGGUCUCCUGGUUUAAGGCCGAUGUGAAGCGCUACCCCGCUCCCACGCUGACUCCUCCCCUCCCGUCGUGCCACAGUACCGUUAUGUAUGCUGACGAUUAGCUAACCAUGAAAACGCUCGACUUUACUUUUAACGUAGUCCCUUUUUUAUGUAGGAAUCUUUUAGGUUUGUGUGUCUGCAUGCUUCUGAUUUAUGAUCAAAGCUUCCAGGAAUCUGCGUCCACCAAUGAUCCGGGUUUGAGCGUUCGAUCUCCCCUUCAGUCCGUCUCCUCUGGUACCUCCGGACCUGUUCAGAGUCUGCUGAAAGUCAACACGACGGAGAGCGGGACUUCCUGAGGAGCGGUCUAUAAACCGGAGUGAUGCUGGAAGAGGCGCACGGGGACGAGCCGCCUCUGAACAUGAUUUCUUCUUCAUGAUUUCUUCUUUUGCGAUCGCGCCUCGGGUGUUCUGUCCUGCUGUUGUUUUUGUUUUGUUUGUAACAGCUGAGCAGCGAUCGGCUCGUGUGUCAGUCUGGAGGAACCAGAGAAAACCUUCAGUGACUCGUAACUCAUCGACCUGCUGACGGCCUCUAAACUGUCUUUACUCUAUAAAAAGACUGAACCUGCAGAGUUUGUGCUCUGUUUGGGGUUCAGACUAAAAAUCUAAAUUGUGAACGAUGUGGUUUAAUUUGAAGUGGGACUAAAAACAUGAACAUUAGGUCUGUGGAUUAAAGUGAGAACAUUGAAGCCGGUUGUUGGACCCUGAAAGCUUCCUCUGUGUCCCUGACAGACGUCUGAUUGUGAUUUAAAGGCCGGUUAGAUUUCAGCUUUUAUUGUCCUUUAUUUUUUAAAUUCUGUUGCUGUUUGUAUCUCAGUGUGCCAACCACAUGCCGAGCAGUGAGCUGGGUUAGUAACGAUUGUGCAGCAGCUUGAGCUCUUCCUGUCUUUCUGACUUGGGUGGAGGAAAGAACCCAGCUGAUUUUCAGUUUGGCGUUUUGUUUGUUUCCCUGUUUGUGUCAAAGUGUUUGCAAUGACAGUAAAUGAACAUGACUACUGCCUCUGCUCCUCCACGGCCUCUUUGUUC